AUGGCGACGCCUGCGGAGAACGACGUCACGUUGAUGCGAAACUCUCUGCGGCACGGCACGGCCGGCGUGGACGUGAUCGCGAGCGACGUUACCGGCACGGCCAACGAGGAGCUGCUCCUGGCUCUGGUGAUGGCGUCGCGAGCGGGCGGCACGGCCGGCGCGGACUACUGGCAGGAGAUCUCGACCCGGCUCGGAAGCGGCCGAAGCGCCGCCGCGGUGCACCAGCACUACGAGAUCCUCAUCGGGACGCGGCGGAGCGGAAAGGCGCGGGUCCCCAAGACGAGCGGGUUCGUGGCCGACCCGAGGGUGGCGGCGGCGAGGCUAGCUGCAGCGGGCGUCUCGGCCGUCUACCAGCCCCUCCCUCCGCACGUGCCGGGCGCGGAGCUCAUCAACGAGCGGAACCGGGUGCGGUAUGGCCCGGUGGCCGGCGCGGUGCCUGUGGCGGGCACGCUGCCCGUGGCGGGCACGUGCCACCACCAGCUCCGCGUCCGUGCGGCCGACACGGGCGGCGGCACCGUCUACCAGUGCCCGCGCUGCGCCGGCACAAGCGACGGCGAGUCGGAGUCCAGUCCGCAGUCGGCGGCCGGCGAGGUGCGCUACGACGUACGAGGUAAGGUAAGGUAA